CCUACCUUCCAAACUCUCCUGGGUCCUGUCUCGACUGGCUCGCAUCAUCAGUAAUGAGAAGGAGAGCCUCUUCCGUCCAACGGGGCUGCCGGCCGCUGUCAUCCGUCACUGGGGUCUAGAGGGAGGCGAGACCCAACUGGGCACUCUUUUUUGUGGCGGAGGCUGCAGCGGCCGUGGACAUUUCACGACGGGGGGAGGUGCUGUACGUCCAAGAUGGCGGCGCCCUGUAGGCUGGAGGAACUGUGAGGUAAACAGCUGAGGGGGAGGAGACGGUGGUGGUUCUCAACGUUUAGUGGGCAUCAGAAUGACUCAGAAGACCCCACCCCCGGAGUUUCUGAUUCAGAGAUGUGGUGCCAGGCCCGAGAGUCUGCAUUUCUAACAAAUCCCCAGGCAUGUACGACAAGAUUCACCUUUGAAAUCUGGUAGAAGCUUCGGCAAGUUGUCCUUCAAGGUCCCUAAUGGCAAAAAUUCUGAAUGGCGAAUCUGGAGCUCCCCUGCCCCAGUUCAUGUGACCUUGAGAGGGCCUGCAGCUGCGGGACCGUGGAAGUCACCCACGACUACACAUUUUGGCAGGUUUUGCCAUCAGCUGCUUCACUCUGACAUACAAAUGACCAUGACAAACACCAGGUUGACAGCACUGGAAACCGAAGUACCAAUUGUCCCCAGAACAGCUCUGAACUCUUUUACAAGAAAUCUUAACCAGUUGUAAGCCCUUCGAAAUGGACUCCCUUCGUGAAUUACCUAGAAGAUUUAUAUUCACAGUCUGGUAGCGGCACCAAUGAAGGGCCUGCAGAGUCGCUAGUGCGCGUCCCGGACCCGGCACGGCGCAGUCGUGUAAGAUAAUGGCCCAGCAAGCAAACCUCGGGGAGCUCCUGUCCAUGCUGGACUCCCCUGUACUGAGUGUGCGCGACGAGGUGACGGCUGUCUUUAAAGAGAACCUCAGCUCUGACCGUGGUCCGAUGCUCGUAAACACCCUGGUGGAUUAUUACCUGGAAACCAAUUCUCAGCCGGUAUUGCACAUCCUGACUACCUUGCAAGAGCCGCACGACAAGCACCUCUUGGACAAAAUGAAUGACUGUAUGGGCAGAGCCGCCUCUCGGCUGCCUGCGCUGUCGCUGCUGGGGCAUGUCAUCAGGCUGCAGCCGCCUUGGAAGCACAAACUCUCUCAAGCACCUCUUUUGCCUUCUUUACUCAAAUGUCUGAAGGUGGACACCGAUGUCAUCGUCCUCACGACAGGUGUCUUAGUGUUGAUAACCAUGCUACCAAUGAUUCCACAGUCGGGGAAGCAGCACCUUCAUGAUUUCUUUGAUAUUUUUGGCCGUCUUUCAUCAUGGUGCCUGAAGAAACCAGGCCACGUGACAGAAAUCUAUCUUGUCCAUCUCCAUGCCAGUGUUUAUGCUCUCUUUCAUCGCCUCUACGGAAUGUACCCUUGCAACUUUGUCUCCUUUCUACGCUCUCACUACAGUAUGAAGGAGAACUUGGACACUUUCGAAGAAGUGGUCAGGCCAAUGAUGGAACACGUGCGAAUUCACCCGGAAUUAGUGACUGGAUCCAAGGACCACGAACUGGACCCUCGAAGGUGGAAGCGAUUAGAAACACAUGAUGUUGUAAUAGAGUGUGCCAAAAUCUCUCUGGACCCCGCCGAAGCCUCCUACGAAGAUGGAGACUCCGUGUCCCCGCAGGUGUCAGCGCGCUUUCCUCAUCGUGCAGCCGAUGUGGCCGCCAGCCCUUACGUCGACAUGCAGAAUAGCUGUGGGAGUGCUACCUCGACCCCUUAUUCCAGUUCUCGGCUGACAUUGUUCAGUACACCCGGGCAGCCACCUCAGAUUCUGAGUCCCCCAUCGACACGGCUGUUGACUGAGCCGCCACAAGCUACUCUUUGGAGCCCGUCUAUGGUUUGUGGUAUGACCACUCCGCCAACUUCUCCUGGAAAUGUCCCACCUGAUCUGUCACACCCUUACAGUAAAGUCUUUGGUACAACUGGUGGAAAAGGAACUCCUCUGGGAACCCCAGCAACGUCUCCUCCUCCCGCCCCGCUCUGCCACUCAGAUGACUACGUGCACAUUUCCCUCCGGCAGGCCACAGCCACACCCCCCAAGAAGGAAGAGAAAACAGAUUCAGCAAGGCCCUGUCUACACAGACAGCACCAUCUCCCGAACGACAGAGGAUUAGAAGAGUUACCUGGCAGCAAAGGUUCUGUCCCUCUGAGUGACCUUCCAGGGUUUUUAGGGGACCUGGACUCCGAAGAAGAUAGCAUUGAGAAAGCUAAAGAAGAAGCGGCGAUAUCUAAAGAACUCUCCGAGAUCACGACAGCCGGCACCGGGCCCCUGGUUCCUCGAGGAGGCUUUGACUCCCCCUUCUACCGGGACAGUCUCCCGGGCUGCCCUCGCAAGAACCAUUCGGCCGCCACUGGUGCUCAGGGCGCCAGUAUGAACCCUGAGCCUUUGAACUCCUCCCUGGACAAGCUUGGGCCUGACACACCGAAGCAAGCCUUUACUCCCAUAGACCCGCCCUGUGGAGGCGCCAACCAGAGCCCUGCCGGGAGCAGGGAGCGCCAGACUGUGCUGGAGACCGACAUCCUCACUCCCAGCCCUUGUAAAAUUCCACCUCAGAGGGGAGUGGGGUUUGGAAGUGGGCAGCCUCCCCCUUACGAUCAUCUUUUUGAGGUGGCAUUGCCAAAGACCGCCCAUCAUUUUGUCAGCAAGAAGACCAAGGAACUGUUAAAGAAAGCAAAAGGAAACGCAGAGGAAGACUGUCCUCCCUCAACCUCCCCCGCGGAAGUUCUGGACAGACUCAUCCAGCAGGGAGCGGACGCGCACAGCAAGGAGCUGAACAAGUUGUCCUUACCCAGCAAGUCUGUCGACUGGACCCACUUUGGAGGCUCUCCUCCCUCAGAUGAGAUCCGCACCCUCCGUAACCAGUUGCUUUUACUGCACAACCAGUUGCUCUAUGAGCGUUUUAAGAGGCAGCAGCACGCGCUCCGGAACAGGCGGCUUCUCCGCAGGGUGAUCAGGGCGGCGGCCCUGGAGGAGCACAACGCGGCCAUGAAAGACCAGUUGAAGUUACAAGAGAAGGACAUCCAGAUCUGGAAGGUUAGCAUGCAGAAGGAGCAGGCCCGGUACAGCCAGCUGCAGGAGCAGCGAGACACGAUGGUGACCCAGCUCCACAGCCAGAUCCGCCAGCUGCAGCACGACCGGGAGGAGUUCUACAACCAGAGCCAGGAGCUGCAGACAAAGCUAGAGGACUGCAGGAACAUGAUCGCAGAGCUGCGUCUGGAAUUGAAGAAGGCCAACAGCAAGGUGUGUCACACCGAGCUGCUGCUCAGUCAGGUGUCCCAGAAGCUCUCAAACAGUGAGUCGGUCCAGCAGCAGAUGGAGUUCUUGAACCGGCAGCUCUUGGUCCUUGGGGAGGUCAACGAGUUGUAUCUGGAACAACUUCAGAGCAAGCACUCAGACACCACAAAGGAGGUAGAGAUGAUGAAAGCUGCGUGUCGGAAAGAACUAGAAAAAAACAGAAGCCACGUUCUACAGCAGAAUCAGAGGCUCGAUACCUCCCAGAAACGGAUUUUGGAACUGGAAUCUCACCUGGCCAAGAAAGACCACCUUCUUUUGGAGCAGAAGAAAUAUUUAGAGGAUGUCAAAGUCCAGGCAAGAGGACAGCUGCAGGCGGCAGAGAGCAGGUAUGAGGCUCAGAAAAGGAUCACCCAAGUGUUUGAAUUGGAGAUCUUAGAUUUAUACGGCAGGCUGGAGAAGGAUGGCCUCCUGAAGAAACUUGAGGAAGAAAAAGCAGAAGCAGCCGAAGCGGCAGAAGAAAGGCUUGCCUGUUGCAAGGACGGCUGCUCGGAUUCUGUAACAGGGCACAACGAAGAGGCAUCUGGCCACAACGGCGAGACCAAGCCCCCCCGACCCGGCGGUGGCGUGCGGGGUGGCGGUGCGAGUAGAGGGGGUGGCGGUGGCAGCGGUGGCGGCAGCAGCGAGCUUUCGACCCCGGAGAAGCCCCCCACCCAGAGGGCAGGCCUGUUCAGCAGUCGGUGGGAAACUACCGUGGGAGAGUCGGCCACCAGCAUCCCCACGACUGUUGGCUCCUUUCCCAGUUCAAAAAGCUUCCUAGGCAUGAAGGCGCGAGAGUUAUUUCGUAAUAAGAGUGAGAGCCAUUGUGACGAGGACAGUGUGACCAUCAGUAGCCUUUCUGAGACGCUAAAGACAGAACUGGGCAAAGACCCAGGUGCGGAAGUCAAGACCCCCCUGAACCUCGACGGCCCGCACCCCUCCCCCCCGAACCCCGACAGUGUUGGACAGCUGCACAUCAUGGACUACAAUGAGACUCAUCAUGAGCACAGCGAAGGAUGACGGUCGAUCAGUGUUAACUUGCAGGUUGCUGGCAUAGAACAGGAGGUGUGAAUGCACGUGCCCAGGCUUUCCUCUUUCUGGGGUCUGGGUGGCUAGCUCAUGCGGUGGAAAUGGGAUGGAGGUCCUUUUGACAGUUGACUGAAUGCAGAACGGUUUUUGGAUCUGGCAUUGAAAUGCCUCUUAACUUUCCCCUAAGCCCACUUCCCGGCCUUUCAUUUCCCCCGCGGUGUGGACUAAUCCGAGGGCCGGUCAGCGCUCCUCAGUAGCUUUAUUUUCUUCCUUCCACAAUGGCUGCGCCCUUCGAACCUGUGCAAUAUGAGGCCAAAUUUAAUCUUUGAGUCUAACACACCACUCUCUCCUUUCCUGAACUCGGAGAAUGGGUUGGCUCUCCGUUAGCCCAGGUAAUUGGUGGUGUUGCAGGUAAGUUUGGUUUUGUCCCUUUCCACGGGGAUGUAGCUUGCGAAGCUGGUCGACUUCAUGUGGGAGGUUUUCACGUGAGACUGUCACUGCUUUCUGGUUCUGCAGUGUGGGCCCUCAAGCAGCAGAUUAGGGAAACAAUGGUUUCUUCACCCUUAACAUUCUUUUGGCGGUUCUGUUAAGCUUCCUAGAAAGUUCUGUGUGAACAAACGUCUGUUGUUAGCGGAGUCUGGAGCUGGCACUGUGGAGACCGUCCUUCCCCUUUGGCAAUGCUCUGUCCCUCCUUCCCCGCUACCUCUUAUUUAUUUGGUGUUUGCUGGAAAGCUGGGACUGCUCCAACCAGGCUGGUGUGGGGGUGGUAAAACCCGCUCUCUGCAGGAGGGGAGGUCGGCGGCUUGAGCAGUUGUGCGAGAAGCCCUUGUGGACGAGGAACUGCCCUCAGGCAGGGCUGUGCUAGCUGAGCCUUGGGGUUCACCCCCCCACCCCAGUCUGUCUGCCUCUCUCCCUUCGUGUUCCCAUGAGCCUCUCGUUUACGUCAGCUUCUUGGUGAUGCUGCCGCAGAAAGGCUCUGAAGGUCCAAAGAGUUUCUUCAGUGUUUAAAUGACCAUUGCUUCUCAGGCUGGUAGAGCCGCCUUGCGUUGCUGGUGGUAACAGCUUUCUCACACCGCCUAACUUUGCGGGGCCGACCCUCCGGGGGCUCGAUGCUGCUCCCUUCCCGCACAGUAGCAGUGCAAGCAUCUUGGAGCAGAGUCCUGGCGAGCGUUGACAAAGGUGUUCUGACAUGCACCCUGGGCUGCCCGCACACAGCUCAGGCGAGGUGCCCCCAGCACAACAUCUGAACUCAACACAGGCCCCGGAGGUAGAUGCUAGAAGCCUAGGAGUGGUUGCUUAGUGUCCCAGCUGAGGCAAGGAGAGACUGGUUGGAAAGAGCCGAUGAACUUGGUUUUUCUUUUAUUCUUUUAGUUAAAAGUAUAUGAGGGUUCAGCUGUGAGGGGGGAAAAGACAGACUGUAAUGGUACGAAAUCUUACUGCUUACAGAGCCUUCCAGCACGUGAGGGUAAAGGUCUCUUCUCUUUAGUGUUGCAGUAAGUAUUCUAGCACUCCUAGCCAGAGGCGGCUAGGUCACGUGAUGCUGUGUCAGCACGGCUACACUGGCACGAGGCCUCGUCAGGACAGGAUCUUCAGGUGUGCCCAAGUGUGCCCGGCCCUGCCCGGCCCGGCAGUGGCCGCUGGAUGUCUUGUGUGGACUAGCGAUAACCCCACAUGGUGAAUUCAGCUUUGUCCAAAGGAAAGCUUAAAAUCAAGUAUGUCCUAUUUCCUAGUUCAGUUUUAGAAAAGGAAAACACGAACAAACUCAGAAAGGAAAAAAAAUGUCAACUGGAUUCCUACUGAAACCAGGUCAGAAUGCCCACCGUCCCCCAGCCCAAGAGACCUGUGCCACAGAACAGACACCCGGCGUUUAAAUCAAAGCCUUUUCCCUGAUUAACUGGCAAAGGCAGAGGCCAGUGUAAAGAAAGAAAAAAACAUGUUUAAAAACAUGAGAUUGUAAAAACACGGGAGGAGGCAGCGUGGUGACGUGGGCUGUGCCGGAGGCCCCGUGGGCAGGUCUCUGGGCUCACGGCCCUUGGCACAUCCCUCCGGCCAGCUGGCUGCUCAACUUGACCACCACGGCGACCCAGGGGAGCAGCCGACCCAGGGGAGCUGCGCUCAGCUUUCUUUGGGUUCUAGGGGGUCAGGCUUUUUAUUCAGCCAAGGCUAGGGGAUUGAGGCCUGGUGAGUGGUGAAGUUACCCAGCCUAAACAUUUAGGCUUUUAUGUUGCAGAGGACUCAAGUCAAUAGCAAGGUUUAGUUUGGUUUUAAAAACAAUAAACCUGCCAGGAGUCAACAGGUCACUUGAUUGCACUACAGCCAAUCUUUUUAAGGAUGGAAAGAUGAUAGUAGAGGGACACUAGAGAGAGGAUUCGAGUCUGGGAGCCGGCAGGGCAAAUGUAUUAGAACAGCUAGCAUCAGGGGCAGGGCCUGUCUCUAGACGCUCGAGCCCAGCGUGGUGUUGACACAGGUCAGGCUUGGCCAGCCUCUGCCCUGCCCCUCGGAGCAGGCUUCCUGCCUCAGAGCCGAGUGGCCAGUGUGUGUGACCUGCUCUGAUCCCCACCCGACACUAACCAGAGUCAGCACAGGCCCUGGGGUCGGGAUCUGCUUCUGGGGGAGCAUGAAAUUUGUUUUCAGAAGGAGUACUGCGGUGUCACGGGGGGCAGCAGGGCAGGGGCGGGCGGAGAUGGCAGCGUGGUCUCCAUAGAGAAAGCGCAUCCCCGAGUCUGCUGCCCGACAGAAGGACGUGGACCUCUCUCAGACAGCACUUUGAGGCAUUUUUUAAAAGCUUUUGACAGGGUUCUGCCAUAAAGUCUACAGAAGUUGUUAGUGUAGCAUUGGAAGAAGUAUCUAGUCAUGAGUAAGAAAACAAAUCCAAAGGCAGGAGACAGGUCGUUUCUUGGGUCAGGAGGUUUUUAAAGGCUUCCCGUGCAGUCAAGUGCUAGGCCCAGCCAUGGGUGGCCGGUGGGCGGCGGUGGCUUCCGUAGCUUGGUCAGCAGAGUGUUUCGGCUGCUGGGGGUUCUGUCCAGGCUCCGUGAGUGCAGAGAGAGAGGCAGUAGGUCAGCUGCUGUGUGAGCCAGGAUGCGUAUGCCGUGUGGAGGGGAAAGGGGCCAGCUCUUCUGAGCAGGGAACCUGGGAGCCACCGACACGGACGGCGAGCCGACCAUGCCGCCGUGGUCCAAGACACAAAACUCUAGACCCUGGGCCGUCGCCAUUUGCCACAGCCCAUGUAGUUUCCCGUGGUUUUGUCACAAAAGGCCAAAGUCUCAUGGUUGUGUAGAAGGGGGUGGCUGAUACGGUGGUUGCAAUGAGGGGAUCCCCGUGAGCUGGGCAUAGGGGUUCAGACUUACAGCUCCGAAUGAAAACUUGAGUGUUUCUGUGUAGAGAAUAUAGCAUGUGCUGUGACUAGCCAGUGGGAGUUUGUACCAAAUACUAGAACGUGCCACUUGAAGCCAGAAAAACGGAAGAACGAGUGAGAGGCAGUGCCAUGUGCAGAUGGCGGUUCUGACGGAGAGCAGGUGGGAGGAAGCUGCGCAGGUUAAGGACAGUGUGGGCGGAGCGGAGGCUUGCUUCCGAGCCAUGGUCCAGGUAGAGGGCCACCCGCCUGGGGAUGUGCUCAGAGAGGUCAGCCCCCAGAGUGCUCCUGGGACGAGCCUGAUCCCACCCAGAGAUCCCACCCAUGUCUCCUGCAGGGAAGAGAGGGCUCGUGGAAUGACCCACAUCGGCGCAGCUCCCUCUGCUCCUUUCCACUGUCAAGGUGCACGCUGGAAAAUGCCACGUCUCCAGCCCCAGCGUGUCUAUCUGUUUCUGCCCAGACUUGUGUAAUGCGAGGCCCCCCACCCCCCAUGCCCCGGCACCGUGGAGGAAUCGGCUGCCCUCAAUGAUUUUCUGUAUAGGUCAAAGAGCAAGUGUAGGUCGGGGCCCAGCCCCGAGGCUGCUGCUGUGACUCUUAUCCCUGUGUGGCUCGUGUCCCCAUCCAUGACUCUGAUGUGCGCAGGGAGAGUGGGUUCCCGUCUUUUCCACGCCGUGCUCUGGUCUGUACGUGCUCACCUGAGAGAAGAGGGGCUGUAGUGACAAGGGAAGCCUGCCCGGGGUAGUGAGCCCCUGCGCCCGUGACUGCAGAGCAGCCCUCUGCCCCCCUUCCCUUCGCCACCAAAUUGUCCAUCUGCGAUAAGUAGGCUAGUGGAACCAUUGGAAUAGAUGUUUUAGAGGAGACCCCUGAGAGUUUGAGACCCCCCAGAUCCACCCCUCCUCCCUUCCCCCCACCUCGCUGCAGUGUUUGGACAGGAGGCGACGGCGCUGCUGGAGGCGGCACAGACUCUGAUCAAAGAGGCGGCCGGGCGUUUUGCACUAGGGAGAAUCAGUGAUCACUUUUCAGAAGACUUCUGUGGACCAUAAGUAUAUGACGGAGGAACAGAUUUUGUUAAGACGUAACCUAGUUUUGUAACUCAAUCAUGGAUCAGCCACAUGUGGCUAACUUGCAGGUUAGAGGGGUCCCAUCAGUGAAAAAAAGAUUUUUUUUACUGACUGCUUUUAGUUAAAUUUGAGAAAGUCCUCUCUCGUCAAAAGGUUUAAACCUUCCCGCCUUGAUCUUAAUAAGCAUGUCAAACGAUCCACGUCAGACGCCAUAAACAAGAACUGCGAGAGAAAAUGGUACAAUCUUAGUGGAUGGGAAUUGGAAUCAAAAGGGUUUGCUGUCCUUCUUAGAAUGUUCUAAAAUGUCAAGGCAGUUGCUUGUGUUUAACUGUGAACAAAUAAAAAUCUAUUGUUUUGCACUA